CCACUAAUCAGUUGAUAAGCAAACCCAAGCAAACUAUUUAAAUCCGAUUGGCGAUGGGUGCAUCACCUCAGUUACAAACCAAACGCCAUGGAAGAGUUAGUCGCAGCCCUCAUACUGACACUUAUCGGUUUAACCUGCAGUGCUCCAUCGCCCGAGAUCACUCGAACGUUUCAAGUGGAAGAUGCAGACGCCCGAAUGACGGUCCCGCAGCUAAUAGAAAAGUACAACUACACCAUUGAAGUGCAUCACACCACCACCGAAGAUGGCUAUGAGCUGGAACUGCAUCGCAUACCUGGGAAAGCUGGAUCUCCGGUGGUCUUUCUCAUGCAUGGCUUACUGUGCAGCUCCGCCGAUUGGGUAAUCAUUGGUCCAAACAACGGUCUAGCGUAUCUGCUUGCCGAUCAAGGGUUCGACGUUUGGCUUGGAAACGCCCGUGGCAACCGUUACUCCCGACAACACACCUCUCUCACACCGAACAUGUUUGCCUUCUGGCAGUUUUCCUGGCACGAAAUAGGCUACUACGAUCUACCGGCCAUGAUCGACUACACCCUGAAUCAUACCAACCAAAGCAACCUGCACUACAUAGGACAUUCGCAAGGAACCACCGUAUUUUUCGUGAUGACGUCAACCAGACCGGAGUACAACGCCAAGAUUCAAUUGAUGCAAGCCUUCGCUCCGGUAGCGUUCACCGAAAACGUCCGGAGUCCCCUACUGCAGGUUAUGUCUCGGUUCCAGAACUCGCUGGUCGCACUGUUCGAAACGUUCGGAAUCGGAGAGUUUCUACCGAAUAACGCCAUUUUGCACGAGAUUGCCCGGUUGCUUUGCUCGAAGGAUGUCGAUCGGAAUCUGUGUUUGAACGUGAUCUUUCAGGUUGCCGGAGCUAAUCCGGACCAGGUUGAGCUGCAAAUCAUACCGAUUUUAAUUGGGCAUACUCCGGCCGGAGCGGCUACCAGACAGGUUACGCACUAUGCUCAGGGGAUGCGAUCGCGGCAGUUUCAACGGUACGACCAUGGCAAGAUUAAGAACUUGGCAGUUUACGGUACGGCUCGUCCUCCGGUGUAUAAUGUGAGCGAAAUCAGUGCACCGAUUGUGCUUUACUACGGAGCGAAUGAUUUCCUGGCGGAGCCGGCCGAUGUGUUGCGACUGGGUGGGAUGAUACGGAAUUUGCACGCCUACCGGCAGGUGGAGCUGAACACGUUCAAUCAUUUGGACUUUCUUAUAGCAAAGGAUGUGAAGGGGUUGGUGUACGAUGAUGUAAUCAAGAGGUUGCAAUCGUGGGAGGAUUGAAGGAAA